AUGGCUGAGAAAGACCCAGAGGGGAUUAUAGCUACAGACCCCAGCGACAAUGAUGAUAGAAAAUGCCUUAUUAUCCGGAAGCUUCUGAAGUUCAACCCUAAAGAAGUGUUUACGUGGCAGCUGGUGAAGACAGUUGCUAUGGGUCAGGGUUUGGCUGCUCUCAUCUGCGGCACAGCAGUAACAUCCCAGUACCUGGCUUCAGACUACCACGUGGACGCGCCCAUGCUUCAGAGCUUUGUGAGCUACACACUGCUCUGUCUCACCUACACCACAGCUCUGCUGUUCAGAACAGGGGAUGGCAAUAUGUUUCCGAUUUUAAAGAAGAGGUGGUGGAAGUAUCUCCUAGUAGGCUUGGUGGACGUCGAGGCUAACUACACAGUGGUUAAAGCUUACCAGUACACUACACUCACCAGUAUACAGCUGCUGGACUGUUUUGUGAUCCCUGUGUUGAUGAUACUGUCCUGCUUGUUCCUGAAGACGUGCUACAGACCUGUCCACUACGUCUCUGUGUGUGUCUGUCUACUGGGGGUGGGGGCCAUGGUGGGAGCUGACCUACUGGCUGGACGAGACCUGGGAUCCACCUCAGACGUUCUGCUAGGUGAUGGCUUGGUCCUGCUCAGUGCCAGUCUAUAUGCUGUGUCUAACGUGUGUCAGGAGUACACCGUCAAACACCUCAGCAGAGUGGAGUUCCUUGGUAUGGUCGGCCUGUUCGGCACACUCAUCAGUGGCAUACAGCUGGGCGUUCUGGAGCAUAACAAUGUGGCAAACAUCCAAUGGGACUGGAGAAUUGGCCUGCUGUUUGCUGGCUAUGCCCUGUGUAUGUACACCCUGUACAGCUGUAUGCCCAUAGUGGUCAAGAAGACCAGUGCUACAGCAGUCAACCUCUCCCUGCUCACUGCAGACCUCCUCAGCCUCUUCUGUGGCCUGUUUCUCUUUAAAUACACGUUCUCAGUUCUGUACAUGGUGUCUCUGGUGAUCAUCCUGGUGGGCUUCGUCGCAUUCAAUGCCGUGGCAACGACCCCUGACCCUGCAGACCCCAUCACCCCCUCCAUGGGCUGGGAGGAGGGCGGCUACGACAACCCUGAUGACAUCAUCGAAGAAGUGGUGGUGGCGGUUUUGGAAGAGGAAGAGGGUGAACACACAGGGGUGUCAUGGAAUCAGAGAACACAGAAUGAGGAAGUACCGGCAGGGGGAUGGAGUACCAAGAUGUGAUCUGAUCUACUAGACGAGCACUUCCCAACUGUCUAUAGCUGUUAAACUCCCUGUCUCCUUUCUUUCAUUUGUACCAUUCUAACACAUCUACAGAUUCACAGGUGUAUGUACAGUAUAGGUGUGUUGUAAUAUUUGUCCACUAGUUGACU